AUCAAGCAGAUUAGAAAGAUGCUGGAACUUCUUUCAGCCCCUCAGUGCACUGUAGAAGAAGUAAAGGGAAGCCCGGCUGGUCCUGCCCUGUCUACGUCACUUACUGUAGGAAAGUGGGAAGCACAGGACUGGAGAGGCGAUGAGCAAGAAGUUCGACAUUCAGCACACAAGUGAGCGAGAAGCAGCGCAGGAAAUGAGGUGCAGUCUCGGCUUCGUCUACCUGUUCUCUUACUAUUUACUCCAGUUCUGUGGACACACAUGGAUCUUUUCCAACAUGACCGCCAGAUUUCUGUCGUUUGGAUUCGAUGCUUUAGCUGGCACGUUUUAUUUUGUGGGAGUGAUGAUGAGCAUGUGCCAGCUUUUGUCAGUGCUGGAGCUUUUCCACAUUGCAGACGGAAUAGAAGAAUGUCCGCUCCUUCCUCGACUUGUCCAGGUGGUUGAGAGAAAUUUCCUUUUAUUCCUAAUCAUCAGUCAAGAGGAGUUUCAGAGUAAAACAGUAGUGUGUGUGCUGUUUUAUCUGUGGAAUAUUUUACACCUACUCAGGUACCCAUAUCAACUAUUGUGCCUCAUUAGCACUCCAUCGUUUAAUUUGCUGUGGGCACGCUACACCAUCACCAUCCCAGUCUACGUACUGUCUGUGAUCACAGAAGGACUCAGUAUUUUACAGAUGUUGCCAUUUUACGAGUCGCAAGGCACAUAUUCUGUCCAGCUGAAAACACCUGUCUCUGCCUAUGUACAUUUCCCAUACCUGGUUUUGGCUUAUCUUGCUGUGUUGGCAGCAGGUUCUGGCUUAACAGUACGAAUCUUACUCAAAGAAAGGAGUCAGGCUCUUGACAGCUGGAAUAGGAAGACAAAGCACUGCUAAGUGAAGAGGAAAUUUAUUUCCUUCUCCAAGGACAUGACGAGUGAAAAGGACAUGGCAUAUUUUUUGGUAUUUAAGACUGAAUGGAUGUGACACAGCUAGUAUUUACCAUAAUGUGACACUUGAAAUGGAAAGGAAUGAUAAAAUCAAAGACUGAAUACUGCAUAUUUUCAUAGUAACAGUAUAACUGAUGUCAGCUUGGCACUGGUGUAUUAUAGUAAUACAUUCAAACUGCUGUAACAGAGUCUUGCCAAAAACAUGCUAACAUUUUUUCCAUUUACAUUCGAAACAGUGAUGUGAUGUGCAGUUUUUCAUCUUGAUCGUUAACAGUUUUGUUUUAAUUCACCAGUAACAGACAUGCAGACACUUGUGUCAUGUAAAAUCUAUCUGUAAGUCCUCUACUGGACAGCUUGCAUGCAUGUCCUGUAUUUCUUGUGUGAUGUACUUUUAUAAAGUACUCCAGUGGAAGAUCACCAGCCAUAUGCUCUCGUCCACACUGUUUUCUUCUUAAACUCUGGAGUAGACUUCAAUGCUAGUAAGGCCGCUGAGAAGACAAAAUAUAGCCGGUUCAGCAUGUGACAUUUAUAAGAUUUCCAUGUAUUAUGAAAUAAAGUUUCUUUUUUUUUUCUAAA